AAAAGCUUAGUGGGUAAACACUCCCCAACUUAUUUGCAUAAACCCUAAACCCUAAAUGCUGUCAUCCUAUUCCUCUCUGCGCGUCGAGCAAACUGAUGAGUGAUGGCGCUUAUACGCUUCGAAUUCGGUUCACAAUCUGUCGUUUCGAGGGUGUUUAGGGUUUUAUUCUACUCGACCGAUGGAAUAAUAUCUUACAAGUCGAACGACACAUUAUACCGGAGAAUUUCGCCGGCCGGAGAUCCAAGGGAUUCGAUAGUUCCAGUGCUCGAUCAAUGGAUCAAAGAAGGAAAAACUUUUACCAGGGACUAUCUUCAAAGGAUAAUCAAGCGGCUUAGACAUUACAGACGAUACAAACAUGCUCUCGAGAUAUCACAGUGGAUGACCGAUCAAAGGUACUUUGACCUAUCAGCAGGCGAUGCUGCGAUUAGGCUGGACUUGAUCACAAAAGUUCAUGGCCUAGGAGAAGCAGAGAAGUAUUUUGAUUAUAUUCCAACACAAUUAAGAGUCUUCCAGACCUACGGUGCUCUACUUAACUGCUAUACACAUGAGAAAUCUGUUGACAAAGCAGAGGCCCUCUUUCAGAAGAUGAAAGAAUUAGGGUUUGCAAAGACAGUACUGACUUACAACGUAAUGCUAAACCUCUACUCUCAAAUGGGACAGCAUGAGAAACUGGACCCCCUGAUGCAAGAAAUGGAAGACAGGGGCAUCGGCCAUGACAAGUUCACAUUAAGCAUCAGGAUGAGUGCAUAUUCAGCAGCUGCUGAUGUUGAUGGAAUGGAGAAGAUUUUGACAAGGAUGGAAGCUGAUCCUAGUAUUAUUGUGGAUUGGAAUGCAUAUUUUCUCAUGGCAAAUGGUUACAUGAAAGCUGGGCUAACAGACAAGGCAUUGACAAUGCUGAAAAAGUCUGAGGCAUUGAUCACUGGUAGACAAAGGAGGGUGGCAGUUGAUUAUCUUCUCACAAUGUAUGCUGGCAUAGGGAAAAAGGACGAAUUGUACAGGAUCUGGAAUACCUACAAGGCUUCGGAAAAGAUAUACAAUUCAACUUAUAUCUGCAUGUUAAGUUCAUUGGUGAAGUUGGAUGAUAUUGAGGGUGCCGAGAAGAUCUUUGGGGAAUGGGAAUUGGGGGGUACUUCCUAUGACUUCCGGGUUCCAAAUAGGCUUAUAUCUGCUUAUUGCAAAAAGGGUCUUCUAGAGAAGGCUGAAGCAAUUAUAAGCAAGGCCAUAGAGAAAGGGAAGAAGCCACUAUCAAGUACUUGGGAUCUUUUGGCAUCUGGGUAUUAUGAGAACAAUCAGAUUCUAAAUGCAGUGGAGACACUAAAAAAGGCAAUCAUGGCAAGCCGGCCUGGAUGGAGGCCAAACCAUGCCACUCUGGCUGGUUGUCUGGAAUAUUACAAAGAACAGAGAGACGUUGAAGGAGCAAGAAAGUUAAUUAGGUUACUUGGCAACUCGGGUCAUUUCUCAACAGAUGUGUGUGAUAGGUUGCUGAAUUACAUAGAAAAUGGAAAUCCAGAUAUGAACAUACUUGACCAGAUUGGUGAGGAUGCUUUUGGUGAUGAUGAGGGAAGGCAGGGAGUGAUGAACCCAAGGGUGGAAUGUUGCAGUUAAUUUGACAAUUGAAGCAUCUUCCAGACAACCCAAGGCUCAUAAUUUUGCAUCUUGGGAGGGACAAGCUUACUUUGAAGAAUGGGCAUCCUACAGAAAAUCACCCUGCUGUGUUUUACGAAGUCAUGUUCUAAGACAAAGUGAUUACCCUGUAAGGUCAAAGUAAUUUUGCAUAUAGCCCUCAAUUUGACGGUCACAAUUGUCUUCAAAGCGAAACUGAUUUGUUAAAAUCAAUAAUAGGUUCAGGGUGGUUUAGAAUGUAUGAUGUAUCAUUGAGAUAGUAACUAUUACCUAAAGUUUUUAGAAUCCUUGAUAUGUACUGAAGCAUUUAUCUUUGAUAUGUAUUCUUCUAUUUAACAAUUAAUCCAUUGUUAAUGAUA